AUGGCAAAAGUAAAUAGAGCUCGGUCUACCUCCCCUCCAGAUGGAGGCUGGGGCUGGAUGAUUGUGGCUGGCUGUUUCUUUGUUACCAUCUGCACUCGGGCAGUCACCAGAUGUAUCUCAGUUUUUUUUGUGGAGUUCCAGACAUACUUUGCUCAGGAUUAUGCACAAACAGCAUGGAUCCAUUCCAUUGUAGAUUGUGUGACCAUGCUCUGUGCUCCACUUGGGAGUGUUGUCAGUAAUCAUUUAUCCUGUCAAGUGGGAAUCAUGCUGGGUGGCUUGCUUGCAUCUACUGGUCUCAUCCUGGGCUCAUUUGCCACCAGUCUGAAGCAUCUCUACCUCACUCUGGGAGUUUUUACAGGUCUUGGAUUUGCACUUUGUUACUCUCCAGCUAUUGCCAUGGUUGGCAAGUAUUUCAGCAGACGGAAAGCACUCGCUUAUGGGAUCGCCAUGUCAGGAAGUGGCAUUGGGACCUUCAUCUUGGCUCCUGUGGUUCAGCUCCUUAUUGAACAGUUUUCCUGGCGGGGAGCAUUACUCAUUCUUGGGGGCUUCGUUUUGAAUCUCUGUGUUUGUGGUGCCUUGAUGCGGCCAAUUACUCUUAAAGAGGACCGUACAACUCCAGAGCAGAACCAUGUCUGUAGAACUCAGAAAGAAGAUUUUAAGCAAGUGUCUCCCUUUUCACCUUUGACCAAAGAAUGGGUGCAGACCUGCCUUUGUUGCUCUUUGAAACAGGAAUAUAGUUUUUUACUGAUGCCAGACUUUGUUAUGUUAGCCAUUUCUGUUCUGUUUAUGGCUUACGGCUGCAGCCCUGUCUUUGUGUACUUGGUGCCUUAUGCUUUGAGUGUUGGAGUGAGUCAUCAGCAAGCUGCUUUUCUUAUGUCCAUACUUGGAGUGAUGAACAUUAUUGGCAAUAUCACCUUUGGAUGGCUAACUGACAGAAGGUGUCUGAAGAAUUAUCAGUAUGUUUGCUACCUCUUGGCUGUGGGACUAGAUGGGCUCUGCUAUCUCUGCCUCCCAAUACUUCAAAGUCUCCCACUGCUCGUGCCUUUCUCUUGUACCUUUGGCUACUUUGAUGGUGCCUACGUCACCUUGAUCCCAGUAGUGACCACAGAAAUAGUGGGGACCACCUCUUUGUCAUCAGCACUGGGUGUGGUGCACUUCCUCCAUGCAGUGCCGUACUUGGUGAGCCCGCCUAUAGCAGGAUGGCUGGUAGAUACGACUGGCAACUACACUGCAGCAUUCCUUCUCUCUGGAUUUACAAUGAUAUUUAGUUCUGUGUUGCUUGGCUUUGGUAGACUUUUAAAGAGGAUGAAAAAAAACCAACUGCGGUUUCUUGCCAAAGAACCUGAUCCCAAGCUGCAGCUAUGGACCAAUGGAUCAGUGGCUUAUUCUGUAGCAAGAGAAUUAGAUCAGAAAGAUGGGUAA